AUGGUUUAUGGUGCUGCAGAUAAUGGCCUUACGCAUUAUUCUCCGAGUGACAUUGCUUUCCCACAUCAAGUGGAACUCAAAGUCAAUCAUGACGACGUCAAAGCAAACCUACGCGGUCUAAAAAACAAGCCAGGUACAACCAGACCCGCUGAUAUAACGAACUUCAUCCGGAAGAAAGUAGGCUAUGUGAACACUGUGACGAUGACAUAUGCUCUGACCCAGAAGGUUGUUCCCCACUCUUUCAUGCAAAUCGCAGUCAAACAGCUAACAUAA